CGCUGUACGUCUGAACUUUGUGCUCUUACUUGUAAAAAAUAAUCUGCAGCUCUGGACGUUUCUCUGUGAGUCUUCCUCAGAUUUCUCUGAGUCAUCUUUAACAAGUUAGAAACAAACAGAGUCAGAAGGACUGUAAUAUUGUUUAGAUCAGAGCUCUGAGUUGUUUCAUUUUAGAGAAAGCGUAACUCAUCCAGGGCUGAAAUGGCGGGGCUGGACCGAGACUCUUUCUCUUGUUCCAUUUGUUUGGAUCUACUGAAGGAGCCGGUGACUAUUCCCUGUGGACACAGCUACUGCAUGAGCUGUAUUAAAAGCCACUGGGAUACAGAGGGGGAGAAUAAGAGCUACAGCUGCCCUCAGUGUAGGCAGACCUUCACACCCAUGCCUGUGCUGGUGAAAAGCACUAUGUUGGCAGUUUUGAUGGAGGAGAUGAAGAAGAGCAGACUCCAGGCUGCUCCUGAUGAUCACUGCUAUGCUGGAGCUGAAGAUGUGGCCUGUGACGUCUGCACCGGGAGGAAACUGAAAGCCCAAAAGUCCUGUCUGGUGUGUUUGGUCUCAUUUUGUGAGAAACACCUUCAACCUCAUAAAUCUUCAGCCUUUGAAAAGCACAAGCUGGUGGAGCCGACCAGAAAGCUCCAGGAGAACGUCUGCUCUCGUCACGAUGAGGUGAUGAAGAUGUUCUGUCGCACUGAUCAGCGCUCCAUCUGUUAUCUCUGCUCUGUGGACGAACACAAAGGCCAUGACACCGUCUCAGCGGCAGCAGAGAGGGCUGAGAGGCAGAGAGAGCUCCAGGGGAGUCGGCUCAAAAUCCAGAAGAGAAUCCAGGACAGACAGAAAGAUGUGAAGCUUCUCCAACAGGAAGCGGAGGCUAUCAAUCGCUCCGCUGAUAAAGCAGUGGAGGACAGUGAGAAGAUCUUCACCCAGCUGAUCCGUCUCAUGGAGCAAAGACGAUCUGAUCUGAAGCAGCAGGUCCGAUCACAGCAGGACGCUGAGAUGAGUCGAGUCAGAGAGCUUCAGGAGAAGCUGGAGAAGGAGAUCGCUGAGCUGGAGAGGAAAGACGCUGAGCUGGAGACGCUGUCACACACAGAGAACAACAACCACUUUAUACACAGCUACCCCUCACUGUCACAAAUCAGUGAAUCUGCAGACUCAUUCAGCUCUGACCUUCAUCCUCUGAGCUACUUUGAGGAUGUGACAGUGGCUGUAACAGAAGUCAGAGAUCAGCUUCAAGAAGUUCUGAGUGAGAAGUGGACCAACAUCACACAGACAGUGACUGAUGUGGAGGUUUUACUGUCGGCAGAGCCCAAGACCAGAGCUGAGUUCUUAAGAUUCUCAUGUGACAUCACUCUGGAUCCAAACACAGCAAACAAUCAGGUCUCACUGUCUGAUGGGAACAGAAAAGCAACAUUUACAGAAUCCAACCAGUGUUAUUCCAAACACCCAGACAGAUUUACUGCUUGGUGUCAGGUUCUGAGCAGAGAGAGUCUGCCUCGGCGUUGUUACUGGGAGGUGGAGUGGGCUGGUUCUGUGGUUGGUUUGGCAGUUUCAUACAAGAAUAUCAGCAGAUCAGGGAGCUCUGAGUCUCUAUUUGGAGGAAAUGACAAAUCCUGGAAGUUAGAUUGCUACAACAACAGUUAUAGAUUUGCACACAAAAAUGCCAGUACUCCAGUCUCAGGUCCUCAGUCUAACAGACUGGGUGUGUAUAUGAAUAGCAGAGCAGGUAUUCUGUCCUUCUACAGCGUCUCUGAGACUAUGACUCUCCUCCACAGAGUCCAGACCACGUUCACUCAGCCUCUGCAUGCUGGACUUUGGUUGUGUGGUUACAGAGACAAUGCCAAAUUCUGUAAACUCAAGUAGAAAAUCAAAGAGCAAAGAUGAUCAGAAUGAUGACUUUAAACAAGGGUUGCAUAUUUCAGUCUCUUUCAUUUUUAUAACAAUAAUGCUUUGCUUCCACUUGUACUCUUUUUUUGACUCUUUUAUGAUACGUGGAUGAUUAGCAUCAGCUUUGGGUGGAGCUGUGGUUCAGUGCAGGGUGCUGUAUAGGAAUGAAAAGGCCUUUGAUUGUUUGCAAUUUCCCAUAAAAUAAAGAAGGCAAGUUAGCAAAACUUAAGAGUGUCCCAGCCUGGGUGAUAUAUUUAUACUUUAAAAGCUACAAUAUGUAGAAUCUUUGCACUGAAUUAUCUAUAUCAGAGCUGUCAAAUUAUUGUUAUUUUUAGUAAAUCAUUUUGUUGCAUUUUAAAUGUCACUGUUUUGCAUUUGAAACUGUUUUUGUGUUAUGUUGGAUGUUGGUAGUGUCUUUGGAUGCAGACCUACUUUUAUGAGAUCAUGAAUGAAACCUAAGCACAGAAAAAUGAACCUGUUAUGGAUUUCAAAGCAAAUAAGAGAGAUUGAAAAUGAAAAUGUCUGAUAUGUCUGAUGUUUCUUGCUCCUGUCUAUGUUCAGCCAUGACAGCAUUAAAGACAGAACAAAGAACACAUUUCUGUGCUCACAGUGUUUCUUCAUCAUCUGGAGCUGUUUUCACCUCCUGGUCUGGUUCAGAUCACUCAUGUGUAUUUGUGUUUCUGCUCUUCAAAGUUGGGCAAAGUACAAAAACAGGAUCCCUCCCAUUGUAAUUUUUUUUUCCGAUCUGUCUGUUGGGGCACCUAUCUGACCCUAUAGGGUGGGGCUUGACACAGUGCAGUCCAAUGAUUGGCCAGAACAAUCCUCACCUCCUUUAAACAUGCUUUUUUUAACCAUUGUUAGAGGUGGACUGUACCAGUAGGCAAAGGUAGGCAUAACUUACUUAACCCUUUUCUCCUGCACCAGUCUGUUUUCAGAACAUUUGGGAUUUUAAAGGGAUAUUUCACUAUUUUUGAAGCUGGGCUGUGUGAGGUAUGUAGCAGUAGUAGUGGUGUUAUCCCCCUGUGAUUUCAGUGAGUGUUGCUCCUUUAAGAAGAACUCUCUGGUUGUAGCGGCCAGGAAGCUAGGAUAUACAUAGCAUUUUGAUACAUUUUACAUAGACAAAUAGAGGGCGUUUAAUGGUUUUAUUUUUUAUUAUCAUUUAUAUCAUUAUCAAAGUAAGUACCUCACAUCGUGAUACAUCUUUUAGUCCACAUCCCAUCACAGUAAAGUCUAAAGCAGGGGUGUCAAACUCAAGGCCGGGGCCAAAUCUGGCUCAUGGUCGGCCCACAAGUUCGUAUCAUGUAUUCUUAUUAUAACUGUCCCUAAAAUAUGAGGUCCACAGAUUUCUUCAAGUAUAAAAAU